AAACUACUUCAUUAUUGUAUAAUGCACGCACACCCAGCCGCAUUGUGUUGCUGACUAAUCAAGGCACACACAUUGUGGAGUGUCUAAAGGCAGCGCAUUUACUGCAACAGCUGCUGGUUGCUUGCAAGGGUCCGCAUCAUGAGUCGGUGAAAAUGUUCUUUCAAACACAAAGCGAACGUGAAGCAUGCGUUACGGCCUUACUGCUGGCCACCUCAGAUCAAUUUCGGUGCAGCGAAGUUGCCCUCUGGGCUACGCAGGCUUUCAUGCUAUACGGUGGCGAGCCUUGCUAUCAAAAUCAACAUUAUAUGAAUGUAAGCAAUCGUAAUUUACAUAAUACUACUAUAGGUAACAACCCAGGCAGAGAACGAUUGCCGCCUAUGUUUAUGUCCACACCUAUGCCCAAUACAAGCAAUUUAACAGGCAUGUCACCGCAAUAUAAUCAACCUUUAAGUCCAAUUGCACAGCAGCCAGCACAACAGGCAAUGGUGCUCAAUAAUGAAAACUCUGCCAUUAUAUAUUCAGCCAAACAUGAUGGAUUAUAUAUAUAUGUAUCUCGCAUGUUGCGUUCUAUAUGGCAACUUCACUGCGUGAAUAAUAAUUUAUGCUCGAACUUAUCAAUUGGCGAUUGUGCUCUGCUCUUGUCCGAGCUGCGUGCUUUAUGCGGCUUUUUGGAACAGCAUUCAGUGCAUGAUAUAUCUGCAGGCAGCAGACGCUUACCUUUUGAUAGUCACUUGAACAGAAGCACUGCUGUCUUAAUGCCCAGCACACAAUUGCCGCUGAAUGAACAUCGCAAUCUAUCCGAGCAGGCGCAAAUUGAGGAAAAACGCUCACUCACUGCACUAAAUCAGUUUAUAAAGCAUGCCUCUGAAGUCAUGUCACUCUGGAGUAUACUCAACGAUCAUCAGUUUCAAGUUAUAUGUCAGCAUUUGACGCCUGAGCAACAGAAAAUGCUGCGUUGCUGCACUUUCAGAGAUCUCUUGAUCACACGCUCUGAGGUCUGCGCGUUUCUCAUCAUCUCGCUCAUCAAUCUCUACCUCAAAGAUAAGGCAGAUGUAACCGCAGUAUCGGACAAUUUGCGUCAAUUCUGCCCGAAUCUUUACAGACAUGAAGAUGAAGUUACCUACAAGGCUACAGAAAUGCUUAUGAAUGCUAAGACCUGCACAAAUGCUGCAGUGCGAGAGGAAAAACUUUGCGCUACGUUGCAAAUGUGUUUGGAGGCAGCGCCCACAUUGCCGCUGCGUAGCAUUUGCCAGCAAUUUAUAUCUGUUGAUUUUUACGAGGGUGUAGUUAAGCUAGCAGCUGCCUGUGCAGCCAAAACAGAUCCAGAGGAGAUUGGCAUACACUAUUACAAUAACAAUGAGCCAGCUGAAGAUCGUGAUGGCUUUUCAUGCUUUGUUGCGCGCAUGAACUUCUACAAGGAAGUGCAACUUAUGCUGGAUCAUGUCUAUCAUACUGUCUGCAGCAACAAAAACGACCAGGAUCAAACACGUUCCCUUCAUCUCAAUUGUGAGGGCACUCUGGAUAAGCAUGAUGUAGAAAAUCGUUCUAAGUCAGCCAUUAGAAAAAUAACACAUCUAGCACUAAGCCUUAAGGAUCCGCUCAUUCAUGUUACUAUGUAUGAAUGGCUACUAUCGCAUGAUAUGAGCAGCGAACUGCUCGAGCUGGUGGAACCUUCUUUGGGUGAAUUCUUGCGACGGAAUGUUAACCGCAAUCCAGAGAAUGUUAAACUAAUCGAUUUGCUAUGGAAGUAUUAUGAGAAGAAUGGUCACCAUUUGCAAGCAGCACAAAUUUUAGAUAAUCUAGCCAUGACUAGAAGUGAGAAUAUAUCUCUGGAUGUGCGCCAAGAGUAUUUGGUGCGAGCGGUCAUGUGCAUGCGCAAUGAAACUGUGGGAUCGUCCAUAACCAAUGGUAUAUUCUUAAAAGAAAUUGAAGAUAAGCUUGAAAUUGCGUGUGUACAAAAAUCUGUGCUGGCCGCCAUGAAUUCGCUUGCAAGCAAUAAUCAGGAGGCGCGACAAGCUGUCAAGGAGCUAAACUUCGCUUUAUACGAUAUUACACAACUGUACCAACACUUUGCCGAGCCCUUUCAACUCUGGGAGUGCCAAUUGUCCAUACUUAAUUGCUCGAAUCACAAUGACCCACUCCUAAUUGAAUCAGUGUGGGGCAACAUUAUAAAUGCCGCCGUGGAGACACAAGGCAGCACACAAGAGCGGACCAUACGACUUUUUACUAAAAUAGAGCUUCUGGUGCGUGAAUUUGGCGAAUCAGGUCCUUGCUUCCCAUUUGCAUUCCUUAUUAGGGAGCUGGAGAUUAGGGCUUGUCAGCUGCGUUUACCAGAGGGCACAGUGCCGGAGAAACUGUUUGCCAUGAAGCUAGACAUUGAGCUGCUCUUAGAAUACUAUUCAAGAAUGAUUUCCAUGAACGAACGCAUCUGGGCGAAUGAAGGCAACGAAUGGCAGUUAAUACAGUCGGCCAUACGUGUUGUUACCUUGCUGGCCGACAAUGCACAAGCAAUCUGGUAUCGCUCCAAGCGCCGCGUUUUGGGCAAAGCACAGGAUAUCGUGGCAGCGUGUUUAAAUAUUUGUUACCAAAAGCCAGACACACAUCGUUUGCAGAGCUCACUAAAGGAGUUGCAAUGUCGCUUGCAGCGACUUUUAGGUUGAUGCCACUUGUUGGCCAAUUUUUGUAGCGCUAUUCAAAUUUUACAACUUUUAGUUCAAGCACAAUUCUGGUAUCAAUAGCUGUUAAGUUUGACUGAGGAUAUAUUAAAAAUUGUACGUGUUAUUUA